UGAGCACGGGUGAUUAAUCAACCAUCGCCAUUAAUAUUAUAGUUUCCGAGAUUGAAGCGGUUGAUCAUCGGUGGUUGUAAAACAACAACAGUGAUUUGGGCCUGUCGCAAUGGAAGAAGACGACAGCACUUGGUUGAUUGAACUAGAGUCGGCGCUUCUCGAUGGAUGUUCAGCUCACGAAAUAAACAUGCUCACAAAAGGUAAAAAGAUUCCAGAAAGUCUGCGUCCUGACGUGUGGCUCCUCUGUCUCAACUGCCAAGAUGCUAGCAAUCAGUUAUUGCUCUUUGAUGAAAUCUUUGAUUUGACCAAUCAGAAUGAACUGAGAGAUGACGUGAAGAAGUUCGUAAAAAGUCUCGGUAAUGAUGAUGAUGACAAACUGUCAGUAAUUUCUGACAUUGAAUCAAUCAUCACAUUUUACUGCAAGUCCAAAUCAAUUCAAUACACCUCCAAUAACGGUUGGAUCGAAAUUUUAUUGCCAUUGUUGAGUUUAAAAUUACCAAGGGCAGAUACAUACAAUUUGUUUGAAAAAGUGAUAAAUCUAUACAUUCCAAAAGGCUGUACCAAAAAUGGUGUACCAUUCCAUAUACUGCGAUUGGUUUUACAAUAUCAUGACCCGGAGCUGUGUUCAUUCUUGGAUACCAAGAGGAUAACUCCGGAGCAGUACUGUCUGCCGUGGCUCAGGUCCCUCUUUGCUGGAACAUGCAGUCUGGAUGUCGUUCUAUUCAUGUGGGACUUAUAUUUUCAGAGAUCUGAUCCCUUCUUCAUUUUCUUUCUCUGUCUUAUUAUGAUAAUAAACUCCAGAGAACAACUGCUCCAAAUGAAGAAUGAAGACAAAUCUGAAAUCAUAGAAAUUCUGAGCAGGAUGCCAGCAGAUUUGGAAGCGCCAGAUGUUUCCGAUUUUUGCUCAUUAGCUCAUUAUUAUUCCUUAAAAACGCCAGUUUCAUUCCGAGAUGAUGUCCUAGAUGUGUUGUUCUCAACAGAUGGCCUUGAGAUUAACUCUAAACUUUAUUCCCAAGCCCUCUGUCUUCCGGUAGCAGUCCAUGAACUGAUAGAGAGUGCCACAGUAGAUGCGUCAGACAUUGAUAGUGUUAAGUACUUCUUGGUUGAUUGCCGGCCAGCAGAGCAAUACAAUGCUGGGCACUUAUCUACUGCCUUCCAUUUGGACUGCAAUCUCAUGCUUCAAGAACCAAAUGCAUUCAAUACUGCAGUACAAGGUUUACUCAAUGCACAGAGACAGGCAUUGGCCGCUGGAUCAUUGGCAGCCGGUGAACAUCUUUGUUUCGUUGGUUCUGGAAGGACAGAGGAGGACAGCUAUGCACACAUGGUGAUAGCUUCAUUCUUAAAAAGGAAUACCAAAUAUAUCUCAAUGCUGGAUGGUGGAUUUGUAGCCAUACAUGACUACUUUGGUCCCCACAUGACGGAUUGUUUGGAAGAACACAACCCGGCAUCAUGCCUAGUCUGUGCCCCGCAAAACAACAAUGAAGGAGUUGAAUCACACCAAAGUAACACGAGGGACAAUGCACCCGCCAUACAGUUGUUUAGUAAACUUUCAUCAGCAAUGAAGGCUAAAAGCCAAGAAGUUAGAGGCAAGUUGAUAGAAUAUAUUGUGAAUCCAAAUGCUACUGGCGGUACAGGGGAAUGGCAUGUUUCUGCCAGCGACAAGAAGGAACAGAGGUACCGGAAUGUUCCUCCGGUUUUCAGUAUUAAUGACGAAGAUGAUGAUUCUCGUUCAGAUUCUAGAAAGGACUUGACAGACUCAGAUAUGUUGGAAGAAACCGUGGACCUUAACACAUUCCUAAAAGAGCAUAAUAUAGUCGAUAAUUUCUUGUGUCAAGAGGUUCUAUUGAAUGGUUACAUGUAUGACUCAUGCUUAGUUGUUACCGAGACACACUUAAUAGUUCUGCGAGACAUUCCAAACAAGCGGGGCAUGUACAAGGUGCUGUCUCGAAGGCCGCUGUCGACCAUUGUGAAGAUAACGGCGAAAAAGCGGCACCCAGAACUAAUCACAUUCAAGUACGGCGUGCCCGACGGAGAUAACUUGCUAAUUAAGGAUAUGGAUCGCUUUUUGAUACCCAACGCUUCGCUGGCGACUAAAGUGGUCUCUAACCAGAUAGUCCAACAGUUGGACAACAAAUAAACCAUUUGGAUGUAGAAUGACUCCUAAAGGUACUAUAAACUCGCCUCAGUAUUCGAUUUUGAACCCAAUUAGUGUAAUAUAAG